CCUUGUAUUCCUUUAAAUUCUGUCUAUUGGUAUCAUUUGGUAUCAGAGCAAGUUCUUGGCAUCAUGGAAGCUCACUUACAAGAACAGAAGAAACUGAUUGAUGAUGUUGUUAAAACAGCUAUGGCUGAGAUGGGUGGACAUUAUGAACAACUACUUAAGGCCAUGGAGGAUAAGUAUGAAAACCAAGUGUCAAAUUUGAGAACUCGAAUAAUUGAUGGUACUCUUGAUGAACAUAAAGCUCAUUUGGCUUCAAUAAAUCUUGAGGGAAAGGCUAUCAAAUGGCAUCAAUCUUUUUUAGAGAUUAAGGGAGAGCAAGUGCUUUCAAAUUGGGAGGAAUAUGUUGAGGGCCUUAAGGCUAGAUUUGAUGAUAAGGCUUAUGAGGAUCCCAUGUCUAAUUUGAUCUCACUUAAGCAAACUGGGACAGUGGAAGAAUUCCAGGAGCAAUUUGAUACUCUUUUCCCUCAAACUGGAAUAAAUGAAAAACAAGCAUUAUUUUCCAUUGAAGUUGUUGAGGAUGAUGAAGGAAAAGAAGGGGAAGUCUUUAAGGAAGCCAUAGAAGAACUUCCAGAUGACUCCAAUCCACACAUGUUUGUUCAUGCAUUAUCUAGAGGUAGCAAUGGAGCUUAUCGUACAAUGAGGGUGUCUUUAAAGAUGGUUGGCAGUAAAGGAAUGGUGAGAUUGCUUAAAAAAGAAGGACAGGCCAGCUCAAUUCAUUUAUAUAGUCUGAUUGUUGAGGCUAUCGAUGGACGAGGCACUUGGCAAACUGAAGAAAAUAAAGCUAAAGACGCUUCCAAGAAGGUUUCAAUCUAUCCUAAAUUGGAGAAAUUAUUAUUAGAGUAUGCUGAUCUCUUUGCAAAACCUAAAGGCCUUCCUCACCACAGAGCUCAUGAUCAUAAAAGUUGUUUAAAGGAAGGGACUGAUCCUAUUAAUCAAAGGCCAUACAGAUAUGCAAGAGUACAGAAGGAUGUCAUUGAAAAAAUGACUCAAGAAUUGCUACAAACAGAGGGGUUUCAUUGGUCAAGGGAGGCUAGUGAAGCUUUUGAAUCCCUUAAGCAUGUUGUGAUAACAACUCCAGUGUUGGUUUUGCCAGAUUUUUCCAAGGAGUUUGUAGUGAAGACCGAUGCUUCUAAUGUUGGUAUUGGUGCUAUUCUUUUACAACAAGGACAUCCAAUAGCCUUUAUCAACAAGGCUUUGUCCUUAAGACAUCAAAGUUUAUCAGUUUUUGAAAAGAAGUUGUUAGCUUUAAUUUAUGCAGUGCGUAAGUGGUCACAUUACUUGAUUGGAAGGCAUUUUAUUGUCAAAACAGAUCACCAUAGUUUGAAGUAUCUUUUAGAGCAGAGGAUUAGUACUCCUUUACAGCAAGCUUGGUUGGCUAAAUUAAUGGGCUAUGAUUUUUCAAUUAGUUAUAAAAAGGGAAAAGAAAAUGUGGUAGCUGAUGCACUUUCUCGAGUGUCCAGUAACCAGCUCAUGCAAAUGGCAGUCUCCAAGAUUCUUCCUGGUAUUUAUGAAGAGGUGAGACUUAGCUGGGAAGUUAAUCCAGUGCUUCGAGAAAUCUGUAAUAAAUUACAGCAAGGUUCUUUAAAAGAUUCUGCUUACACUUGGUCUGAGGGACAACUAAGACGAAAAGGCAGAUUAGUUGUGGGAAAGAAUGCUGCUCUUAGGAGGAAGUUGAUUCAUUUGGUGCAUGAUAGUGCAUUGGGAGGUCACUCUGGAAUUCAAGCUUCCACAAAAAGGCUUGCAUUUUUGUUUUAUUGGAAAGGCUUAGAGAAAGAUGUGAGGCAGUACAUAAGGCAAUGUGAUGUAUGCCAACGUUACAAACCAAAAAAUACUCCAACUCCAGGGCUAUUGCAACCUCUACCAAUUCCUGAAGCAAUUUGGACUCAAGUCAGUAUGGAUUUCAUUACAGGCCUUCCAAAAUCUUAUGGCAAAGAUGCUAUCUUUGUUGUUGUUGAUAGACUUACAAAAUAUGCACAUUUCAUUGCCUUACAACAUCCCUAUUCAGCUCUUACUGUUGCACAAGCUUACAUGGACAAUGAGUUGUUCAAACUCCAAGGGGUUGAACUACAAUGUUCUUCUACUUAUCAUCCUCAAACUGAUGGGCAAACAGAGGUGGUGAAUAUGUGUCUUGAAAAUUAUUUGAGGUGCAUGAAUGGUGAUCGUCCGAUAGAGUGGAGCAAGUGGUUACCUCUUGCUGAGUGGUGGCAAGAAUCUGCGCAAUCUAGGCCGUCUCACAAACUUGCUGCUAAAUAUUUUGGCCCAUUUCAGGUGAUUGAUAAAGUGGGUAAGGUAGCAUAUAAAUUAGCCUUGCCUGAUUCAUCUCAGAUACAUCCAGUAAUUCAUGUGUCACAGCUAAAGAAAAAGGUUGGAGUAGAAAUUCAGGUGACUACUCAAUUUCCUGUUGAUUUGCCUUUACUAGUGAUGAUAGAGCAUGUAGCUGUUUUGGGAAGAAAAAUGGUGAAACGGGGAAAUCGAGCUGCUACUAAGGUGUUAGUCUAGUGGUCUCAUGCUUACCCUAAAGAUGCUACUUGGGAGUAUCUCUAUGAUAUUCAACAACGAUUUCCAAAUUUCCAUCCUUGAGCACAAGGAUACUUUUGAGGGGAAGGAAUUGAUAUGUAGAAAAACUUAGAAGUCACGUGCAAGUGGCAUAUCAGUUACUGUUGGUUUGUGUUAGUUAAUAUGCUAGUAUAAACGUGUUUUGCAACU